GAGGCGGGUGACGUCCGGGCCGCUGCCGCUAAUCCUCCUCAAGGAACGGGGAGGGGGCGAGGACAUGACGGGCCUCGCCGGCAUGGGGCACCUGCGGUUACUGCUAAAAAUGUCUUUUCCGCCUCACUUGAAUCGCCCUCCUAUGGGUAUCCCAACACUUCCACCUGGGAUUCCACCUCCACAAUUUCCAGGUUUUCCUCCACCUGUACCUCCUGGGACACCGAUGAUUCCUGUGCCAAUGGGUAUUAUGGCUCCUGCACCAACUGUUCUGGUCCCAACUACCGUGUCAAUGGUUGGAAAACAUAUGGGAGUUAGAAAGGAACAUCCAGGUCUAAAGAACAAGGAAAAUGAUGAAAACAGCGGUCCCACGACUACUGUUUUUGUAGGCAACAUAUCUGAAAAGGCUUCAGACAUGCUUAUACGACAGCUUCUUGCCAAAUGUGGCUUGGUUUUGAGUUGGAAGAGAGUUCAAGGAGCAUCUGGAAAACUUCAAGCCUUUGGGUUCUGCGAGUAUAAAGAACCAGAAUCCACACUACGUGCGCUCAGGCUACUACAUGAUCUCCAAAUUGGAGAAAAGAAACUACUUGUGAAAGUUGAUGCCAAGACGAAGGCUCAGCUAGAUGAAUGGAAAGCGAAGAAAAGGGCUUCCAAUGGGAACACCAGGCCAGAAACUACAACUGAUGAUGACGAAGCCCUCGAUGAAGAAGCAAAGAGAAGAGACCAGCUAAUUAAAGGGGCCAUUGAAGUGUUAAUACGGGAAUAUUCCAGCGAGCUCAAUGCCCCCUCCCAAGAGUCUGACUCUCAUCCCAGGAAGAAGAAAAAAGAAAAGAAGGAGGAUAUUUUCCGCAGAUUUCCAGUGGCCCCACUGAUACCCUAUCCACUCAUCACCAAGGAGGAUAUAAAUGCUAUUGAAAUGGAAGAAGAUAAAAGGGACCUGAUAUCCCGAGAGAUCAGUAAAUUCAGAGAUACGCACAAGAAAUUGGAGGAGGAAAAAGGCAAAAAGGAGAAAGAGAGACAAGAAAUUGAAAAAGAACGGCGUGAAAGAGAGAGGGAGCGGGAGCGUGAAAGAGAAAGAAGGGAGCGUGAAAGAGAGAGGGAGAGAGAGCGUGAAAGAGAGAAGGAAAAGGAACGGGAGCGUGAAAGAGAACGGGACAGAGAUCGGGACCGCACUAAAGACAGAGACCGGGACAGGGAAAGAGAUCGAGACAGAGACCGCGAAAGAAGCUCAGACCGAAAUAAAGAUCGGAGCAGAUCCAGAGAGAAAAGCAGAGACAGAGAAAGGGAGCGCGAGAGAGAACGGGAGAGGGAACGGGAGCGAGAGAGGGAACGGGAGCGGGAAAGGGAACGAGAACAACGGGAGAGAGAGCGAGAAAAGGACAAGAAACGGGAUAGAGAAGAGGAUGAAGAAGAUGCCUAUGAGCGGCGCAAACUGGAAAGGAAGCUCCGUGAAAAGGAAGCAGCUUAUCAAGAGCGUCUUAAAAACUGGGAGAUCAGAGAACGGAAAAAAGCUAGAGAAUAUGAAAAAGAAGCUGAGAGGGAGGAAGAAAGGCGAAGAGAAAUGGCAAAAGAAGCUAAGCGUCUAAAAGAAUUUCUAGAAGAUUAUGAUGAUGACAGAGAUGAUCCAAAAUACUACAGGGGAAGCGCUCUGCAGAAGCGAUUGCGAGAUAGGGAAAAGGAAAUGGAAGCAGAUGAAAGAGAUAGGAAAAGGGAAAAGGAAGAACUGGAAGAAAUCCGGCAACGUCUUCUUGCAGAAGGACACCCAGAUCCAGAUGCAGAGCUACAGAGGAUGGAACAAGAGGCUGAAAGGCGUCGACAGCCACAAACCAAACAGGAGCCAGAAUCCGAGGAAGAGGAGGAGGAAAAGCAAGAAAAGGAAGAGAAGAGGGAAGAACCUGAAGAAGAAGAGGAAGAGCCAGAGCAAAAGCCCUGCCUUAAACCAACCUUGCGACCCAUCAGCUCUGCCCCAUCUGUUUCCUCAGCAAGUGGCAAUGCAACUCCUAACACUCCUGGGGACGAAUCUCCCUGUGGUAUUAUCAUCCCACAUGAAAACUCGCCAGAUCAGCAGCAGCCAGAGGAGUACAGGCCUAAAAUAGGGCUUAGCCUCAAAUUGGGUGCCUGCAAUAGUCCUAACCAGCCCAAUGCCGUGAAAAGAAAGAAACUCACUGUGGACAGUGUCUUCAAUAAGUUUGAGGAUGAAGACAGUGAUGACAUGCCACGAAAAAGGAAACUGGUGCCCCUGGAUUACGGUGAUGAAGACAAAGGCUCCUCCAAAGGCAGCGUCAAUACUGAGGAGAAGCGCAAGCACAUUAAGAGUCUAAUUGAGAAAAUUCCCACAGCCAAACCAGAACUCUUUGCUUAUCCUCUUGACUGGUCUAUUGUGGAUUCAACAUUAAUGGAACGUCGAAUUAGACCAUGGAUCAACAAGAAAAUAAUAGAAUAUAUUGGUGAAGAAGAAGCAACGCUAGUUGACUUUGUUUGUUCAAAGGUUAUGGCUCAUAGUUCACCGCAGAGCAUCUUGGAUGAUGUUGCUAUGGUGCUAGAUGAAGAAGCUGAAGUUUUUAUAGUCAAAAUGUGGAGGUUAUUAAUAUAUGAAACAGAAGCCAAAAAAAUUGGGCUGGUGAAAUAAAGAAUCCCUUUUUGUUUUGGGGGCGCCAUUUCAACUUUUGUUCUGCAUCACUGAAGAACUUUGAAGUUUCUCUGUCUUCAAGAGACAUUUGUGAGACCUGUAUUUUUUAAAUGUAGAAAAUGUGAAUUUUUUUUCCAUCUUGUUACACUGAGGUCCCCUCUCCCUCCCUCCUGCCCUCACCCCAGCUUCCUUGGUUGUAAUUAUCUGAAUUCUGCAUUGGUGGUUUUUCACUCACCAAGUACAGUUACAGGUAUUGUUUCAUAAACUACUGCAGCUGCUGUACACAGUCUCUGAUAUUCAUCUUCUAAACUGUUCCUUGUAAAUAUUAAAAAGACCCAUGUUUUAGAAACAUCUGUGCUUACCACAAACCAAAAUAAUUGAAUUUUAUGUAAAUACACCAACCUCUUCUUUCCCUUCUCCAUUUUAAAAUAUUAGAAUAAACUUUAAAAUUCUAAAAAUGGAUGGGAGUCAUUUUGUUGGCACACAGUUUUCAUCUGCAUGGAUAGGGGAUCAUUCCCUUGUUGGACUUUAUAAUAUUUCUAGAGGAAUCUAUAGAAAAACAUGGUGGACUUGCUUCAACUCAGGCAUCCUUGUAAAGCCAUUGAUAAUUUUCCUCCUGCUCGUUACAUGAGACCUUUUGUUCAGUUACGGUGGUGACAAAAUUUCAUACUCAGUUGUGUUUUUAAUCAAGGAUAACUAGUGCACAAAUUUAUUUAAUUUUAGCUUCCUACUAAUACAAGUCUGACAUCUAAAGUAUUCUUUUUUUAAUUAUUUAAAAUAAAAUCCAUAGACAGGUUUGGGAAACUUGUGGAUAGAAAAGGUUUAAAAAUGUAACGAGCACAACAGUUUACAAUGUUAAAAUCAUAUGCUUUCGAACAAUGGAGAAAUUUGUUUUUAUGUAAGUCAUCAAGUCAGUUGUGACUUUCUUUUUGUACUGUAAGCUGUCUGUCGGAUAGAGGAUGAUAUUUCUUGUCCUCUUACUCUGUAUGAGUUUUAUACAUAUGCUGAUGUGGUAUCAACAACAAUGUACUGUAAACUGCAUUUUUUAAAAUCUUCACAAGUAGAAAGACUGUACGCUAUGGGCCUUCUUGAUUGCAGGAUGAACACUUUCCAGGAAGCAACAGUUCUCACUUUUUAAAAUACUGCUCUUCUGAUAUCUCUUUACCUGAAGGAUACAGGUUGACCUAUUUAGGAGGUGCAACCAUGACACUGAGUUACUGAGUACAUGCAUUAUAAGAAGACAGCUGGAAAAAACUGUUCUUAAUAAAUGGGAUCCUAUAAAUGGUUCCACCAUGUAAAUAUUUCAGAUAUUAAAAAUGUAUAUAUUUGAUCUGGA